CCCACACCCACACCCACACCCACACCCACACCCACACCCACACCCACACCCACACCCACACCCACACCCACACCCACACCCACACCCACACCCCAAAAUUCAUCUCAUUACCUCAUUUAACAAUAACAUGCUGUUUGUUCUAGUUACUUAUAGCGAAGUCGUGUUCAAAGCGAGAUUUACAUAAUACGCCAGAUUAUUACUAUGAUUUGAAUGCUCAAAAAUAAUAAGAUUUACAAGAAACGGUGAAAAGAAUAAACAAAAAUGAAAAAUCAAGAGUUCAACACCGACCAUUCAAAUCAUCAUCAAACAUCAACAUCAUAUACACUCAUUGCAAUACACGAAUUAAUGUUAUAGAUGAAUUAAUUAUAAAAGCAAAAAAAAACAAAACAAUAUAUUGUUGAUAUAGAAUCUCAAAAAGGAAAAAAGAGAGAAAAAGGUACAAUCAUACAAAUACUAUUCGUACAUUAAAUUAAUCAGUCGACCACUAGAUUGAUUGAAGCGGAACAUUUACCAGAUCUACAAUCAGUAUUUUUGUCAAUAAUAACACAAUUACGCUCAAUCAUAUUCAGUAAUAACGAUGAAGUGACAUCAUGGGAAACUAUUGACAAUGACUUUAAAAAUUUUUAUCACCUCAACCUGAUACAAAUAGGUAACAAUAUUAACGAUGCCUUAUAAUCUGAAUUUAGCGAUUAAUACCACAAAAAUAUAAAACGCAUCUAGAAAUGGUAAGGCAUGAUGAUGAAAGCAGGCUUGUAUUGUUAGUUAUGUACGAUACGCAUGGUGAUCAUAAUAAUAAGAAGAGCAGAAAAAAACAGAUCAUCAAAUCAGAUUUAAUUGUGGCCGUCCGAUUCAUUAUGACUGGAAUGCCAGAUGACCACUUCAAAACGCAGUUGCAAUAAAAUUUAAUAAGUUUCGUCAUAAAUCACUAAUAAUAAAUUAUUAUCAAUAUAAUCUCGGUUUAAAAUUAAAGGCUUGAACGAAUCAAUUACUUAGUCGGAGACGAUACCAUAAACAAAUAGAACGACAACAACAUCUGAACAUGAAAAAAUAUGCUACCAAUGAUUGCAUGACAGUUACAAAGUAAUUCUUUUAUAUGUACUCAGAGAAAAUGAACAAUCACGUAUUAUCCAUAGCACCAGUUACAGCAACACAAAGAACUACAUUCAAAACACCAACAAUAAUAUCAACAAAAACUUUAAUUCAUUUGGAAAACGAAUUAUCGGACAUCAGUAAAGAUGGACUAAUUGACAUAUUAAAACAAAAAUUUUAUAAACAAAAACCAUCAUUAUCGCCGGAAAACGAUAAAACGUAUGCCUUAACAAUCACUACAACAGAAGAAGAAAUGAAUGAAUUUGACUAA